UGUUUUAGCCCAAAAUAGUUGGGGAAAAAGGCUUCAUAAAACCUAAAUUUCUUCCUUUUCUCUCUCUCUCUCUCUCUCUACUACAACUGUGUGACUUCCUCUCCCAAAGAUUUAGAGAGAGAGAAAGAGAAAAGAGUACUGCAACGCACGUCGCCAUGGAUUCUUCGCUCUCUACUGUUCCACCAAUCCAAGGUUGCUUCGUUUUCACGGCAUACCAUUAGAGAAAACAAGAAAAGAACCCCAAAAGGGAAAAGCCCGUCUUCAUAGAUUGGAAUUUUUUUAAAGCUGUGGCGGAUUUUAGAAGAACCCUAGCAUUUCUCUUUUCUUCAAUUUCUGGCCGGAGGGUACGUCGUUAUAAUUUCAUAUCAACGAAGAAGAAGAGGAAAAAGGGAUUUUAUACUGUAAAAAUGUUCUGGGUUACUAAGUUUUCAGGUAUUUUCGCUGCGGCAAUGUUGAUGAUUGUUCUUUCACCAUCUUUACAAUCAUUUCCACCUGCUGAAGCUAUCAGAUCGUCUCACCUUGAAUCCUAUCUCCGAUUUACCAGUCAAAUUACCCCGAAUGUACGCCUUAAUCGUUUCUCAUUUCGUAAAGCCCCUGUAUUCCGAAAUGCCGGUGAAUGCACUUCUAAUGAAAGAAGAAAAUUGGGGAAAACUGGGGUUUGCGAUCCUUCGCUUGUUCAUGUUGCGAUUACUCUUGAUGUUGAGUAUCUUCGUGGUUCAAUAGCCGCUGUACAUUCAAUUUUACACCAUUCAAGAUGUCCUGAGAGUGUAUUCUUCCAUUUUCUGGUAUCCCAAACCAAUCUCGAAACCCUAGUUCGAUCCACCUUCCCUCAAUUGAAAUUCAAGGUAUAUUACUUCGAUCCUGAACGAGUUCGAAAUAUUAUCUCCACUUCCGUUAGGCAAGCGCUUGAACAGCCCUUGAACUACGCCAGAAAUUACUUGGCUGAUCUUCUGGAGCCCUGUGUUAAUAGAGUUAUCUACUUGGAUUCGGAUCUUGUCGUUGUUGACGACAUCUCUAAGCUAUGGAGUACAAGUUUGGGUUCAAAAACCAUUGGAGCUCCGGAGUAUUGUCAUGCCAAUUUCACAAAAUACUUCACGACGUCGUUCUGGUCAGAACCGAGAUUUUCCGGCACGUUUUCCAGCCGCAAACCUUGUUACUUCAACACAGGCGUUAUGGUUAUAGAUCUGAAGAAAUGGAGACGGGUCGGGUACACUAAGCGGAUAGAAAAAUGGAUGGAUAUCCAGAAAACCAAUCGGAUCUAUGAACUGGGUUCAUUACCGCCGUACCUCUUGGUCUUCGCCGGACACGUGGCACCAAUUGAGCACAGAUGGAACCAGCACGGUUUAGGCGGUGAUAAUGUAAAGGGAAGUUGCCGUGAUUUACAUUCCGGUCCGGUAAGCCUCCUCCACUGGAGCGGCUCCGGCAAGCCGUGGCUUCGGCUCGACUCAAAAGAGCCGUGUCCGCUCGAUUCUCUUUGGGCACCUUACGAUUUGUACGGAUUCUCGUCGUGAAUUUCUCAUUUCUCGCCGGUAAAUUCCUCUCAGUAACUUCUUUUUUUCUUUUUUUCCUGUUCAUUUUAUUAUUGGGGAUUUUUAACUUCUCUAAUUUUUUUUUUCUUCUCAAUUUAUUUCGUUCAAAUUUUGUUUCUUCUUUUUUUAUUUUAACAUAUGAACAUUAAUGCAUCACCAGAGACAUUUGUAUUCUAUUCUAUUAUUCGUGCAGCUUGAAAUAAAAAAAGAAUUACAGAUAAUUAUUAGUUGUA